AUGGGUCACGAUGCAAAUAUCACAAUAAAUAUUGGACGUGUGACAGGCGCCCCACACUGUGAUAAAUUAACGAGUAGACUGACCACCGAUAAUUUUCUUCGAUAUGUGCCUGUUAUACACGGCAAACUUACCAAAAGUUACCAAAAUAAAAAAAAAAGUUGCCAAGUUACCAAACACUCGAAAAGUUACCUAUUUUGUGGCAACCGUGGCCAGGAUCACUUUGUGUGUCCGUUAACGUUCGCUGGUGCAGGUAUUUUCACCACUGCAACCUUUAGUUUGGUCGAGUGCAGCCUUUGCAUACUUACAACUGGUCAGGAUCAUUUGUGUGUCCGUCCACGUUCGCUCGUGAGGGUAUUUUCACCACUGCAACCUUUUGGUUUGGCCAAGUGGAGAAUUUGCAUACUUACAAGUCAGGAUUAUUUGUGUGUCCCUCCACCGAAUAUAAUUCGAUUUUAGAUAUUAAACAUGUAAUUUUUAAAUGCAACAAACAUAAUAAUUUUUAAAAGAUUAAUUUAUAUACAUUAUAUCAAUUGCAUCUUUACUAUUUGUACAUUUCUUCAUAUCGCACACCGUCUUCAAAAGGGUCACAACUCAAAAUAAUACGUUUGUCAGAAAAUGCGAAAAACUAUUUCUUAGCACAUGAUAAUCAUAUGGGCUAGGGCGAAUUUACGUUAGGUCUUUUUUUUAACAAAUUAUAGCAAAAAUUUGCUCCAGCUUUAGCUGAAAGGUAAAUAAAAGCUCAGUGUACCUUUUUAGCGCAUAAUCUCAAAAAUGCC